AAGCAAACAUAGCUAAAAAAGAAAAAAAAAAUUAUGUCAACUGGAGCAAGAAUGACAAUGAGAUCUGCACUGAGCCGACUCAGCCUAACUCGUUCGAUGGAGUCAACUCGUGGAGCUACUCGUUAUUUCUGCGAUGGAAAAGGCCGUGUACUGAGCGAGGAAGAACGCGCGAAGGAAACUGUCUUCAUCAAGAAAAUGGAGAAGGAGAAGUUGGAGAAACUGAAACUGAAGGCUGAGAAGGAAAAGGCAGAAAUAGAGAAGGGGGGUUCUGAGAAGAAAGUUGAAGAAGGGACUCAUAAGGGUUGAAUUAGUUUGCUCAAGCCUUGGAAAUGAUGGAGAGAAAUAAAAGUGACCUUGAACUCUCUGCGAACUGGUGUCUGUACAAAGCACUGCUUUUGUUUAUCUAAUCUUGCGAACAAUGUACUUGUCUGUUGUUAUUAAGUGGUGGUUUCGCUAAGACUGUUUUGAGUGGCUUGGAUUAAUAUAACAAUAAAGCAGAAAACUGAAAUAUGUUUA